CCAUACACCUCCAGUAAAUGCUAUAUCAUAUUAAAUAGCAGACCUGCAGAUGGCUACAGACAGCUUUAGUGUUGAAACUCAUGUCGGCGAGGCGUCCAUUGGAAGUGUUUAUCGGGCUCAGUUAGAUGACGGAAAGGUUCUUGCUGUGAAGAAAAUAAAUUCAUCUGCUCUUCCAAAUCACUUGUCUGAAGAUUUUAUGGAUAUAGUUUCAGACGUAUCCCGGUUGCGGCAUCCAAAUAUAACAGAGCUUGUUGGUUAUUGUUCAGAGCAUGGACAGCACCUGCUGGUAUAUGAGUUCCAUAAAAAUGGUUCUCUUUAUGACUUCCUCCAUCUCUCAGAUGAAUUUAGCAAGCCAUUGACCUGGAACACACGUGUCAAGAUUGCUUUAGGGACUGCACGUGCACAAGAGUAAGUUGAAAGAGAGAUUGGAGAGCAGUUGACAUCUUAACUUGUUCUAUUCCCACAUCGAAAUAUUAGAACAUAGUUUUGUUCCAUUUAAAGAGCCACCAAACAGGUUAACAUCGCCGGGCUUGGUAACACA